UGAAACCAAUGGCGGCAUCAAGUGCCGAACUUGUGGCUCGAGAAAGAAGCGGACACACGGCCGUGGUUUCAGGAAACACUUUAUGUGUGUGGGGCGGUUAUGCGUCAGUUGCUGAUCAUGAAGUCUUCCUCCCAAACAAUGAGAUCUGGUUGUAUGACCUGGACACUGGUUUAUGGAAAAGGUGUGAGAUGAUGGGGGAAAUUCCUCCAUCCAUGUCAGGUACCUGUGGUUGCAAUCUAAAUGGAAACAUGUAUAUAUUUGGUGGCUGCAGUGAUGAUGGUCAGACCAAUGAGCACUAUUCUGUAAAUCUUCACAAUGGGAAAUAUACAUGGAAGAAGUUAAGUCAUUGCUCAGGGUUACUGCCCUCACCCCGUGACAAGCUCUCCUGCUGGGUUCACAAAGGAAGGAUUAUUUACUUCGGUGGAUAUGGUCAUAAGCAUCUCAGUGAAAUCAAAAAUCCUGGCACUUUCAUUGUGGAUGAAGCUUCUUGGGCUGAAGAUAUCUUUUGGGGUUGGAACAAUGAAGUUCAUGUGUUCGACCCAGGAUCAAAAGGUUGGACAGAACCACAAACAUUUGGGCAUGCCCCUGCCCCGAGGGCUGCCCAUGCCAGUGCCAUCAUCGGUAAUGAAGGAUAUAUCUGUGGUGGACGAAUAAUGGAGACAAGAAAAAGUGACCUUCACUGUCUGGAUUUAAAUACAUGGACGUGGUCUGAAAUUGUUCCAACCAGUACUCUUCCUUUGGGCCGCUCAUGGCAUACACUAAAUGCAGUUUCGGACACAGCACUCUUUCUCUUUGGUGGACUUAGUGUGGAGUGCAGACCUAUGAGUGAUGGUUGGAUGUUUGAUCUGAAGACAAACGAAUGGACAGAAAUUAAGCAUUCAAACAUGGACAAACCACGGCUGUGGCACACCGCUUGUCUGGGAGGGGACUCGGAUGUUAUUGUGUUUGGAGGAAGCCAUGAUUAUAUCCUUUUAGUGGACUCUGGCCAUUGCAAUGAUGUUCUUGUGUUCCAAACCCAGCCUUACUCACUAAUAUGGUUAUGCGAGGACUUCAUUGCAAGCAGUGCCAAAAUGUUUCAGACCCAGCUUGCAGGUUUACCACCAAAACUAAGAUGCAGCCUGCAGAAAAAGAUUUCCUUUUUCAGGUCAACAAGAAAGUCACAGAAGGUCAUCAAAGCACUUGAGUAAUUCCUCUGGUCCAGAGGCUCUGGAAACACAAAAUCAUGUAGACAAUCUGUCAU